AACUUCAACAUGGCAGCCUCCUGUAAAAAUUUACAACAUAGUAACUGAGUAAUGCUUUUCUAGCUUUUCAAUAAAUCGUCGGAGUUUCCAUUUGAAAUUAUACUGUGUGGUACAUUGUGUUAGUGAAUAAAUCUUCUCUGUCUGUUUUUAUGGUCAUUUAUUAAGACUUGAAAUUGAUUGAGGGUUUGUGCAAAAUCGCCAUCAUGGGAACUCAUGGUCAGAACAACCCUGUUCUUGCUAAAAAACUUUUGGACAGCAUGCAGAAUGAUUUACGAAUGCUGUCUGCGGAAUGUAAAAGAAAACAUCCUGAAGUCAAAGAGUGUGCUGAAAUGGUGCAGGUCAAGUUAAGGACAGUAUCAGCUAAAAAUGAGGAUAUCAUUGCAGGUCUCCUGUCUAUGAGCAGUGACGUGAUCCAGCCUUUUGUGCUGGGCUGUGACACCAAAAACCCCAAGCUGGUGCCUCAGUGCCUGGUGGCUGUACAGAGGAUGAUCUCCCAUGAGGCUGUCUCCACUGCUGCAGCAGAUUCUAUUAUUGGAAUGUUGUGGCGUCUAAUGGAGGUGGGGAUGGAGGAGCUGAAACUGCUGCAGACGGCCAUUUUACUUCUCACCAUCAACUCUGUGGUACAGCAUGAGUCUCUAGCAAAGGCCCUUGUGCUUUGUUUUCGCCUUCACUUCACCAAAGACAGUACAACCAUCAACACAGCGGCAGCAGCCAUCAAACAGCUGGUCUCUGCCAUCUUUGAUAGGGUGGUCAUAGAGGACAAGCUGCCCACCAUGGAACCUAAAGAGCCAAUCAACAUAGAAGAAUUAAAAGCUGGCAGCAAGUCACCACCCAAGUCUUUAAGACCCUGUGCAGGGGAUGCCUACCUCUUGUUUCAGGACCUAUGCCAGCUAGUCAAUGCUGACCAGCCAUUCUGGUUGACCGGCAUGACUGAGAUGACCAGAACUUUUGGUCUGGAACUUCUGGAGUCUGUGCUGACCAGCUACCCUAGUACCUUCUCACAGCAUCAUGAGUUUAGCUUCAUGCUGAAAGAAAAAGUCUGCCCACUGGUCAUCAAACUGUUCUCACCCAGCCUGAAGUACCGCCAGGGCCUCCCCCCUGCUCCCUCCCCAGCCCUGGUGGAGAAACCUUAUUUCCCUAUAGUCAUGAGGCUGUUGCGGAUUGUAGCUGUUCUCAUCAGAUUCUACUACCCCUUGCUGGUAACUGAAUGUGAAAUUUUCCUUUCACUUUUGGUCAAAUUUUUGGAUCCAGAAAAGCCAAUCUGGCAAAGAUGUCUCUCAUUAGAAGUUCUCCACAAAUUAUCUGUACAGCCUGGGCUUAUAAAGAGUUUCUGUCAGUCGUAUGACAUGAAGCCACACUCAACCAAGAUUUUCAGAGACAUAAUCAACGCUCUGGGAGCCUUCAUUCAAUCUUUGUUUAUGAAUCCAUUGGGUGGGCCAGUCACCCAAGGUGGUGUGAAGCUUCCAGACACACAGGGCACUCCCCCAGCUAUUGUGGGGGGUAUGCCUGUGGGUGGGGGUGUGAGUCCGCAGCCAGCUUUCAUCUACAGAGGGGUGUGGAUACCCUUGUUGACCAACAUACCACAGGGGCAGGUCAAGGCUGGAUUCCUGGAGCUGCUGGACAAGACAGAGCCCCCAGCUGUACCUGAUGGCUACGGUGUCUCUCUGGCCUUCCGCAACUUGAUGGAGAUGACCAAGACAGUCCAGGUCCUGGUCAUGGGGGAAGGGGAGGAGGGGGAGCUCAAGGCAAAGAGGGAGGUGGAUGUGACAGAAUCAUCUGAAGAAGACAGACAACUGAACAUUGAGCUGAUCAACUCCUCCUGGUGUGGCAUGCUGGCUGCACUCUCACUUCUGCUGGACGCCAGCACUGACGAGUCAGCCACUGAAAUGAUCCUGAAGGCCCAAGAAGCCUACGCCAACAUGUGCGGCCACCUGAACAUGGCCACCCCCAGGGAUGCCUUCAUCACGGCCCUGUGUAAGGCCUCGCUCCCACCCCACUACACCCUGACCAUCCUCAACUCUCACGCCAACUCCAGCUCUGGAUACAAAGUGCUGAACAGAACAGCCAGUCAAGAAUCUGCCAGUGACACAGUAGAGAGAAGCCAGGUGGUUGCCAUAGGAACAGCCCUGCCCACAGCCUCACUGCCUGCUGGCUCUCACCAAAGUCAAGUCUCUUUGACAGCCAAAAACAUUCAAGUUAUGAGGGCACUUUUGAGUCUUGCCCAUUGUCAUGGUGAUAUUUUAGGCUCUGCCUGGCAUCUAGUCUUAACCACACUUCAGCACCUUGUGUGGAUCUUGGGUCUGAAACCAUCAGCAGGAGGCAGCUUGAAGGCCGGCCAGCAGAUCAACGACGCAAGCAGCAGCGUCAUAACAACAGCAGCCAUGGCUGACCUCCCUGUGCUGUCUGCCAUGUUAUCUAGGCUGUUUGAGAGCUCACAGUACCUGGAUGACGUGGCACUCCACCACCUGAUUGAUGCCCUGUGUAAGCUGUCGUCAGAGUCUAUGGAGCUGGCCUACAACAACAGGGAGCCCUCGCUUUUUGCCGUGGCCAAGCUGUUGGAGAGUGGACUGGUCAACCUCGGACGUGUUGAGGUCCUGUGGAGGCCCGUGGCUGCACAUCUUCUGGAGGACAUAGUCCUUUCUUCUCUUUGGGACUUAGCAAUCAAGGGAACAACAUACAGCUUCGACUCCGGCUCCAGUAAAAACAACCAAUUACCCCCUGUACAGCUUCAAGCACUGCUCCAUGUCGUUGGUUCAGGGAGUGAAAUGACAAAAUUAAAAAUAAUUUGA